UCAGAGCAACGUUCUUUAUUUGCUUCUCAUUCAAACAAAAUGGCGGCCGCCAUAGAAGGGGUGCUGGAUGAAAGGGUGCGCGAGAAAACGCUGAAGUGCAAAUUAUUGGUGGUUGGGGCUGGUGGAAUAGGAUGUGAGCUGCUGAAGAAUCUUGUCCUGACUGGCUUUAAGGAUAUUGAACUGAUUGAUCUUGAUACAAUUGAUGUUAGCAAUCUGAAUCGUCAGUUUCUCUUUCGCAAGGAGCAUGUUGGCAAGUCCAAAUCACAGGUGGCAAAAGAAAGUGCACUGAAGUUCAACCCAGAUGCUGAUAUUGUAGCAUACCAUGACAGUGUUAUGAGCCCUGACUAUGGCCUGGACUUCUUUAAGAAGUUUGACCUGGUGAUGAAUGCACUGGACAACAGAGCUGCUCGGAACCAUGUGAACCGAAUGUGUCUGGCUGCAGACAUCCCCCUGGUAGAGAGUGGGACAGCUGGAUACUUGGGACAGGUUGCUGUUAUUAAAAAGGGCUUAACUCCCUGCUACGCAUGCGCACCUCGAAGCACGCAGAAUUCCUUUCCCAAUUGCUCAGUGUAUUCAGCACAAACAUCUGUAUUACAUUCUCUAAUUACUCAUGACUGUUUCAGUCAGUUGUUUGGGGAAGAAGAUCCAGACCAGGAUGUGUCCCCAGAUACAGCUGACCCAGAGCUUGCAGGUGAGGCAGGUCAGGCUGCCCUGGAGGGGGAGAAGAAGGAUAUAGAGAGGAAGUCCACUAGAGCCUGGGCCAUGCAGACUGGAUACGACCCACAGAAAAUUUUCAAUAAGCUGUUCCGUGAUGACAUCAAAUACCUGCUGUCCAUGGAGGCUCUGUGGAAGAAGAGGAGGCCUCCCACACCCCUGGACUGGGAUGACUUACCGGAUGCUGCUGAUGCAGGUAAUGGCAGUGCAGGAAUGCGUGACCAGAAGGUGUGGUCGAUGAAGGAGUGUGCUCAGAUCUUUGGUAGAUGUCUCGGAGAGCUCAAAGUGGAGUUUGCCAAGCAGGGUGACGGAGGAAUGCUCAUCUGGGACAAGGAUGACGAUACAGCUAUGGACUUUGUAACAUGCACUGCAGACAUUCGUGCUCAAAUCUUCGGCAUUGGCCUCAAGUCUCGCUUUGACAUUAAAUCCAUGGCAGGGAACAUCAUACCAGCUAUAGCCACCACCAAUGCCAUCAUUGCUGGUCUCAUUGUCAUGGAAGGACUCAAAAUACUGGCAGGGGACAUUGAAAAAUGUAAAACCGUUUAUCUCAACAGACAGCCCAAUGCCAGGAAGAAGCUCCUGGUUCCAUGUUCCUUAGACCCGCCCAACCCCAAGUGCUAUGUAUGUUCAUCUAAACCAGAAGUGACCGUCCGCCUCAACACAGACAAAAUAACUGUGAAAUGUUUGGAGGAGAAGGUUCUCAAAGGUCAGCUAGGAAUGGUGGCGCCUGACGUGGAGAUAGAUGAUGGGAAAGGUUCCAUUGUGAUCUCCAGUGAAGAGGGUGAAACAGAAGAAAACAAUGACAAAAUGCUUGCCUACUUCAAUAUAAUCAGCGGAACCAGGUUAAAAUGUGAAGAUUUUCUUCAGAACUACACCCUGAUCGUCACAAUCGACCAUGUUGACAAGUUGGACGAGGAGAAGGAGUUUGAGCUUGUCGGGGACGUAGAGGAAGUGAAGGCCUCAGCCACAGAAGAAGCCCAGACAGAGGCAAGCGGUGCCAGUGGUGACAACGCCAAGCAACAAGAUUCUGUGGAUGAACUGAUGAUUGUGGAUGAAGCUGAAAUCAACAACACACCAACUAAACAGAAACGAAAGCGAAAAGCUGACGAUCUCGGGGAGGCAGAGUCAAAUUUUGCUAAAAAAAUCAAACCUGAUUCAGCAGCAACAGCAGAUGAUGAUGAUGAUCUUGUUAUUUUGUGAAAGGCUUCAUUGUAUCACCCACAAGUUCAGUCGGGACAUCUGUGCCUCAGUGACAUUCAUCCAGGUAUCAUGAACUGUUGACAAAGUGUAUAUCAGUGGCAUUCUUGAAUGUAUCCUCGAUGAAGAACUCAAUCAAAACAGGGAGAGGACUAUAUCUUGCAUUCAGGUUUUAGGUAUGACACUGACAUGUGGACAAGGUUUGUGUACAGGCUGUUUGGGAUUGAGUAGGAUGGAAGCAACGACCAUGGUACAUUGUGGGAAUUCUGGAGCCAUAUAGGUCUCCCACAUUCAAGGCAAGUGGGUAUUAAAUGACCUUGUUUAGACGAAUUACAGGGAAUGCUCUGAGAGGCUAUCUUGACCUGGCUGAAAAGGUCAUCAUGACCUGAUUGAAUAAGUCAUUAUAGUCCUGCUGAGUGCCUUAUUGUAAGCUGGUCAGGUGAGAGGAUCAUCUGGAACUGAUGGUGAUGUUCACACUAUUGACCCUGGUUUGCAUCCAGGUCUCAUUCCAUGAAGUAAUACUGGUUCUGGGACUCGGCGAGGCCAAGGUACCAGCUCUGUUGUUUGGUUUUGACGGAUUAGUUUGAAUCUCAUUUUGUUUCAGCUCAUCUUUGUUGUGUACGUUUGUUCAUGUUUCAGCCUUUGUUCUCUUGCAAAAUCAAGGAAGAUUCUACACAUUUGUUGUAUGUUGCAGAGCUGUUUUACCUUUAUGUUUACAAAGCAAUAUCGCUGUCAUGCCUGCAGGGACCCAUGAAAUUCUACUAGCCAGGUGUGUGGGGUACCAGUGGCUCACACGUUCAAGAUGAUACAAUGUUCACGAGCCAGAACUGCAUUCUUAAGACAUGUUAGAAUCCUGUAAUGAAGCAGGUUGUCCAUGAACAUGGGUAAGUCAGACACUCCUUGUCCAGAUUAUACAUUUUGUCAUCACCAUUACAUGUUACAUUUGGUCUGCUCAUAUAAAGUCAUAUCACUGAAGCAUUUGCAUUGUGCAUUGGAAGAAUUAUUUUAUGAUUGGAGAAAUGUUGAGGAUGGCAAUUUUAUCUGCUGGUGCAUGUUACACGUUUUGUGGUGAGUUAAGAACAAACCCAAAUUACAUUGUCAAUAUAGUUUCAUCACCAAAGACAAUUCUGUGUGCUCUUAAUAAUAAUGUAUUAAAAUGGGGUUCCAUCAGUAUGUACAUCAUACAAGUAUGUGUGUAUGAUUUAUCAAGUCUUUUUCCUGAACAGGUAGCAUGGCAUACAAUUUUCCUCAGUUCUAUUACUUUGCUAGAACUAACAACCUGUAAAUCCUGGAAUCGUCGUCUCAGAUGCCUUCAAAGGAUGUUGUAAUUUCCUCAUUUCCAUCACGUCAUUGUCACUUUUGUACAAAAAUUGACAAUAAAAACGCUGAAUAAACGUAUGUCAAUUCAGAAAAUUCA